GCUCACUGGCUGGACAGAAUCUCUAUCCUAAUCCUAUUCAUCACCGAGAAAUCUCGGGAUAUCGCCCUGGAGCACACCCACACUCUCACGGAGUCCUUCCUUGUCUCUCCCUCUCCCUCUCUCUCUCUCUCUGCUUCCCUUUCUCUUCCAGCAGCUCCUGCAUCCGAGCAGGACCUGGAGCCCCUGUGGCUGUGUCAGCGGAACACUGCGGUCUAGAGCAGUUGAUGAGAAAUCGACGAGAAUCUGACCGUGUUUCUGCACUGACAGUCUGACAGAGAUCUAAAUCUGACAGAGCGAGGAGGCCCGGAGGGUUUAGUCCACUGUGAAGUAGAGAUUCGUGCUGUUGUUCCUGGUUUGGUUUCGCCGUGAGAUGAGAAGGGACAAUUAGUCGGAGUGUCUGAGUGAAGGAGAAGUGCAGGAUUCUUUUCGGGAACGGCAGCUGGAUGACAAGAGGCUUUCAUUUGGCCGUGCUCAAUUUAAAGCUUCAGCAGUGGAUGAGAAAUUAAAUACAUCUGGUUCCACACAGGCAAAAUGAGCAACGCCGGGAUGCUGGCUGGAGGCUUCCGGGUCUCAUCUGGUCGGCCUUUUGUGACUUCUGGAGGGAGAACGUUUGGGCAGAGCUUCUCGUACGCGCUGUCUCUCGAUCGGGACUCCGAGAGAGUUACGAAGGGUGCGGCCACAGACAGUUCGGAGGGUUCAUUGCACCACGUGCGGGGUUCACAGGGUUUGUCUACGAGUGCCUGCUGUUCGGCAUCCUAUGAAUCCCCUGCUGUGCCAAGUCGAUCAUCCGUGGGUUCUUUCACCAAAAAAUCGGUCAGAGACAGCGACAUGUGCGAUCACUCCCCAACACGCCCACCAUCGAUUUCCAGGUCACCUAGUGCCUCUAUUUGUCGAAGCCGUGAAGGUCGCUCAGGUUUGCUGCUCAGCGCACCAAUCCUCUUAGGUUUUAAUCUACCGUCUUUGGAUCGUUCUCAGAGAUCCGGAGCAGCUCCCUCCAGAUCAGCUAGCUUAAGACCAAUUAAGGCCAUGGGGGGGAAUCCGGAAGAAGGAAAGAAGGCUUUGAGCAGUGGUCCAGAUUUUAGAGAGGCUGGUGAUAUGCUGUUGAACAAGGGUAGCUGGAAUACCAACCAGUAUCUCAGUAGUACAGGAAGCGAGUCCGAGGAAAGCUGGGAGCAGAUCAAUAUGAUUUUGAGAGUCAUGUACGCCAUGGCUAUGUACGGAGGCUUAGCCGUGGCAGGAAGUGCUCUCUGCGCCGUCACUGGAGUUGAUUGUUCGGGUGGAUUUGAAUUAUCGAUCGAAACAGUCGUGCAAGGGCUAGGAUACGCUGUACCUCCAAUGAUGGCUCUUCUUUUUAUCCUGGAGGACGAGGUUGUGAAGGUCUGUCCUCCAGCCAGAGCUAUACGCGACGUCGAGGACGAGGAGCUCAUAGACUUUUUUGUGGGAAUGAGCAGCUGGCAGUUCAUCUUCGUUGUAGCCGCUGGAGCCCUCGCAGAAGAAAUGUUCUUCAGAGUCGCGAUUCAGGGAGGGCUUGCUCAUGCUUUGCAAUAUACAGCCAAAGAUGUAAAUGACACCACGAUCGGUAUCUCUGCUUUGACUGGAAUUAUUCCCUUCUUCACACCGUUUGCCCAAGCAUGCGCAGCUGUUCUGACCGCAUCUCUCACUGGUUCGAUGUACUAUGUCAUCUCUUCUCCUACAGAUCCCACUUAUGUGAUCGCUCCAGUUUCUGGAAACAAGUUCGGACGUAAUAACAGAAGGGACAUCAAGAAGAGGAUAUCAGCAUGGUACGAACGACGACAGUUGAAGAAGAUUUACUCUCCUCUCAUGGAGGCCCUUCUGGCUUUGUAUCUCGGUUUCGAGUGGGUGCAGACCGGUAAUAUCUUGGGGCCAAUGAUCACACAUUCACUGUACUCUCUGGUGGUGGUGGGGAACGGCUUGAGAAGAAUUCACGAUAACAGAGAUAAAUUGCGCCAAAGGGUUAGCAAAGUUACCCAGCACAGUGUGGAAGGCGACGAUCUUGUCCGUGUGGACAGAGUCAAUCAGACGAACUUAUCUGCCGAUGAAGCAGAAAGGUGACGAGAAGGCCUUUGUAGGUAACGUUUUUUGUGUUAAUCUCUUUUACGGAGCGUUGUACCUUAUCGGCCUGGAGGCUUUGUAUUGUUAGCAGACUCAUGCAUUUAUGUAAACUGAAAUGGUCACUAGCAGGGCUGGCACGGUCUUAGCUGCCUUGCGUCUGUAAGACUUCCAUCUCUCCUCCUCCAAAAGUUGGAUGAGAAGAGAAAUGUAAACCCAUAAGGUGGGAAAGGGAUAGGAAUUUUUAACAUAGAUUAUAUACGUAAUGUGCACGUAAAGUAGAGUAAAGCAGAGGAUUAUAAGUAGGAAAUCGCCUGUACAAAUUUUAUAGAACUAAUGGAGAGCCUACCAUGUACCGAAGUGCGCCAGAUCUUGCUAGUGUUGGCUAUUUGGCGAAGAAUCAAUUGAUUGAUUCUUGAUUGACGCGGUUGUGAGAAAGUUACGGUAUAUACUGGCACUCGAGAAUGUGGGAUGUGGAUUUUGUUCAAAUAUUAUCUGGAGGUAACAAGCCAAACCUGUA